CGCAGGCUCCAUACGCAAGCAGCGCAGUUGGACGAUGCCGGCUUGCAAUACUUAGGCGAGCUGAGUUUCAAUGAGCAGUUUGGUGCCAUCGAAGAAUUGUUGCCUGGCUCUGCACCGACAGAUGCCGGUACCUUGUUCGAUGAACUUGGCUUCCAGGGAUUCUUACAGCGGUGUGUGCACCGGAAGUUGCAGCCCAUUGCUGCCAGGUUCACUCCAGAGGAGCUCCUGGCUUUAGGCCGCCUGAGCUUCAGUGAGCAAUUCCGAUCGCUGGACCUACCAGGUCCUGAAGCCAAAGGUACGGCAGGUCGGCAGGCUUACAGGUCGUCUUUCGCUCAGGAACGCGAAUCUCUCCAUCCCAGCGUUUUUGGCGAACAAGGCCGGGAAGGCUUUCUGCAGCAUCGAGUGCAUCGCAUGCUGCAAGCGCAAGCAAGGAGCUUCAGCGAUGCAGAGUUGGCGAAGUUUGGCGGGAUGAGUUUCAAGGAGCAGUUCACCUUUCUGGGUGUGGCAGGCCCCAAGGAACAAUCCGGGGAGAUGUCGAAUCUCUUUGGAGAGAUGGGACGGACAGGUUAUAUUCAGCGUCGGAUCCACCGCCGUUUGCAUGACGCCAUUCAGGGCUUGGCAGAUGAGGACGUCUUUGCGUUGGGACAACAAAGUUUCAACGAACAAUUCCGAACGCUGGGCCAAGAUGAAAAUGUGGACCUUAAUGGAAAUCCGUUUGGCAAAGAAAGUCGCGAGUCCUACAUCCAAAUCCACGUCCACCGGAAGCUGCACGGCCAUGUGGCCAAGAUGAGUGACGAGGAGGUCUUCAAUCUCGGCAAGUUAGGUUUCAACGAGCAGUUUCGAACCCUCAGCGUGGAUGCCACCGAAGCUGAUGAAGUCAACUUCCAAGCCGGACGAGCUGGCUACAUCCAGCAACACAUCCACCGGCGCCUGCAGAGCCGUGCAGCUCAGUUGAGCGAUAAGGACCUGCUAGAUUUGGGCAAGUUGUCCUUCAAUGAGCAGUUCGUGGUGCUGCAAACCCCAGGCCCUAAAGAGGAGGAACAGCAGGAGCUUUUCGGAGACGCUGGGCGCGAUGGAUAUCUGCAACAGCGAAUCCAUAGGAUGCUCCACAACCAAGUCGCCAACAUGUCGGACCGCGAUCUCUUCCACCUGGGUGAGCUGAGUUUCAACGAGCAAUUCACGGCCAUGGGACGUCCAGGGCCACAACAGAUGGACGCCAUGAAGAGCAGGCAUCCAUCGAGCACUAUAAGUGGAGCCUCUGAGGCUGGAGGCAUCCCGUUUCUACGAGGUCUGACUCGGCAGGACUACAUGCAACAGCGUAUCCAUCGUAAGCUCCAUGGGCAAGUGGCAUAUUUCAGUGACACGGAACUCUUCGCCGUGGGUGAGCUGUCCUUCAACGAGCAGUUCGACAAGGUGGAAGCGGUGACUGCUGGCAAGGGCCAGCUUUCGCCGGGCAAGCCUUCUUUGGCGAGGACGACCGUGUCACCUUUUGGUGGCAUGGAUCGAGACACCUACAUGCAGCAGAGGGUUCACCGCAAGCUGCAUAGUAAGGCCAUGCACCUGAGUGAUGAGGAUCUGAAACAGCGCCGAGCCGAUGACGAGUGGAUGGUUGGAAUCACCAUCUCCAUACAUUAAAUAUUUUUGGAUCGUGAAGUAAUGAUGCAAUAUUUACGUAUAUUUAAAUAUAGUAUACACCGUAUACACAUAUACAUACGUAUAUAUAUAUACACCUAUGUAUACAUAUUUAUGAGUGCUUUUUCAAUGUUAUGUGUUGUUUCAACAGCUGGGAUGGAGAAGUGCCUGUCGCAGAUGGUCCAAGGUUGGGCUCGCUGUCCUUCAACGAUCAGUUCCCCACCAUCGAAAAUAUGGCUCUGGGAUGAGGUGCGGAAACUCACUCAGGGCGAUGCAAAAAGAUGGGGGUUUUGAACCUCGGGGGGAGGUGGCGUGCAGCAUAUGUGACUUGGCCACCAAGGAU